AUGGACGACCCCAAUCCCUUUGCAGACUCGCAUGCUGCCAACUACGGCGCCAGUACCAAGAGCUAUGAACCACUCGAAACGCCGCCUCCAUACCACGACAGCGCGCCUGCGGAUACGAACGCAUCUGCAGGCGCGGACACGCGCUCGUACGCUCACUAUUUCCAGAUUUCGCCAGAACAGCUCCGUGAGCGCCUGGCGGCCGCUCUGAAGCUACAGAAACUACAACCAGAGGGCCAGCUCGAGCUGGAGCCCGACUUGUACGCGCCGGUGUGGGUUACAGCGACCGUGGUGGCCGCGCUGUUCUUCGCACACAGCGUACGGCUGCUGGUGACCGCGCUGGUGCACAGCACGCCGCUGGAUACCGUGACGGAGUACUCACGGCUCACGUCGUGCGCAUUCCUGUUCUACGCAUACACCGGCUUGGCACCGGCGGCGGUGCACGUGAUCGCAGGUCACGUGCUCGGUGUCCGCGUCCACGUGACCCUGCCUGCCCUCGUGUGCAUCUACGGGUACGCAAACGCAGCGUGGGUGCCCGUGGCGGUCGCCAGCAGCAUCGCCAACGUGCUGGUAGCGAGCAGCGCGGCGAACGUGUUCGGAUGGGUGUGUGUGGCCGCGGGCGCGGUGCACAGCGGCGCGGUGCUGUUCCGGCAACUGCGCGACGUGUGCGACGCAGAGGACGCAGCGCGCUGGCGGCCCGUGUUGGUAGCGGUGCUGGCCGUGCACGCGGGCUUUGCAUGUGCCGUGAAGGCGGUUGUAUUCUGA